CUCUUCAACCUCUUCCGUUUCGCUUCUUUUCUGAGGUUUUAUUAUUGUUGUAAAAGUUUUAUUACACCAUAUCAUUCGCGCGAAUAACCGAGAUUCCUCCCGGAAUCUUAUUUCCUCUGAAAGUGACAGGUGGAUUGUAGAAAACUGCAACGAGAGAAGAGCGAAGAUUAAAAAGGUCAAAAGCCGGAGAAAAUUUACAGUCAAUAAAGGGAGGGGGUCAAUUUUGUCUUAUGAGGUAUUGCUUGGAUGGUAGAGACGUUUUUGACUUACUAUGAGCACACGAAGAAACAACAACGGCUUUUCCAAAGCUGAGAAAGUUUGUGGGCCGAAUUGGAUCUUAAUUGCAGGGGGUGCCUUGUUGAGCACUUUGUCCAUCCGCUUUGGCUGGAGACUUAGGCAGUCGUCUCUUGAUUUCAACCCUCAAAUUCAAUCCAAUGCCUCUCUUGGAUUCAAAGGUUGUUGUUUGCACUCCAGCAAAUCUUCAUGUGCACAUAAUGAUGAGUAUUGUUGCUUCCACUCCAUUCCAGGAACUGAGCAUGUCGAGGGGAAAGAGGAGACAAACGGGCACAUGAUAUCUGCAUCUGACACUUCACUGCCUCUUGUAACCCUUCCUGCUCCAUCAUACGGCAAAGAGAACGGGGUCAUGUGGACUUCUUCUCCUGAUCGCCUGGAACUUCCUCCGAAACCAUACAAUCACCAUUCCACCUGCUCGGAUUCACCUUGCGUGUCUGAAACCAGCUCAGACAUCUUCAGCAAACGAGAAGUAAUACAGAAACUGAGGCAACAGCUGAAGAGGCGCGACGACAUGAUACUUGAAAUGCAGGAACAGAAUCUAGUGCUGCAAAACUCGUACAACGCACAGAGGGCACACUCUAGCCAUCUCCAGGCACAGCUAGACUCGAUGAACAGAGAUCUGUUCGAAUCAGAAAGGGAAGUUGAGAGACUGAGAAAAGCAAUCGCUGAUCACAGCGUGGGAUGCACAGGUAGCAACGGCAAGACAUCUCCUGUUGCACCUUGGAGUAACGGGUUUAUGGAGAGCGAGAACAAUUAUGAGUCGCAGGAAAAGGGAUCAAGGGAUGGAGAGAGAAUAGAGAUGUUGAGAAAGGAAGUGGAGGAGCUUAAAGAAGUGAUAGAUGGAAAAGAGUAUCUACUAAGGAACUAUAAAGAGCAGAAGAAUGAGCUAUCACAGAAGGUGAAAGAGUUGCAGCAGAGAUUGGACUCGCAGUUCCCAAACAUACUGUAGGUUUAUGAGUUAGGGCAUUGUGCAUUCUUGCUAGUUGCUUCUCUUUCUUUUGGUUUUGGUAUUUUCUGCUUCUCUGAGAGAAAAUGAACGAUGUACUAAAGCUCAUCUUUGGAGUCUCUCACUCUGGAGAGAAUAAUUUUCAGGUUCUUCUCUCUCUGGCUUUAGCUUUGGUUUUGUAAUGUUUUGAUUUUGUUUCUGGUUGUGUCUUGUCUCUGUUUUGAAUGUAGAGGAAAGUAGUCGUUGAAG